AUGCCUACUCCGAAGUAUCUCUCAACGUUCAUAAUACUAGCAACUCUCACCACUUCUGCUGCAGCCCAAGACAACACCUGCAGUCUCAGCGGCAAUCCCGACCUCUACGGCCUCGGCAUUCGCAUCGGCUUCUACAGCCAACUCGUUGCUACCUGCUUCGCCAACACCUUCAUCCCCUCCGAGACGCGCGGCGCGCAGACCGUCAACCUCUGGUUCCAGUUCAGUCUCUUUGUCGGGCUGGUUUUCCAAGCCGCGCGGGAAGGUACCGACUUCUAUGCAGUCGAGAGCUACAUCGUGGUGAUUCUCCUCUCUGGCGUCGUAUUCACAACAUUCUCGUACUUUUUCAUCUACCUCGCAAUCUCACGCGACGAUGACAAAAACGGGAUUUUCGGCGGCGCGGUCUUCACGAUGAUAUGCUUCAUAAUCCUGCUGGCAGGGUUGCAUAGCUAUUCGCUCUGGUUCUGGUGGCGGGGAAUGGAUAGAAUGGGGGUGGGGGCGUGCACGACGCACGGGUUCUUUAUGGCGAGGGUUGACUUGUUUGGCUGGUUCCGCACGGUCAAUAAAGUCUUUAAUAUAUGGAUGAUGGUUGCACUGAUCCUGGGGUGCAUCUCCCUGGUCAUAGUGGUUACCAUGAUCGCGGUUUCCGAGUCGCAGCUACUCUCUUCACGGAAGAAGGAGGAGAACUUCGUGCUGUACUGGGUCGAUGUAUUGCUAGAGCCAUUUCAAGAGCCAGAGUGGUCAAGGAAUGGUAACUUUCUAAUAGAGAUGAGAAGUGGAGCCCAAAUGCAGCAAACGCAGAAUCAAACAGGCUCGGUAACUUCGGGGUUUCAGAUCAAUAGCGGACCGAUCAACGGGCAAGAGUAUAAGCAGAACAAGCGUCUUUCUCCCGGAGAAAUUCUGUUCUGGUAUGUUGCUGGCUCAUUGUUUGGGUUUGGGGGAAUUGGUAUAAUCAUCAUCUCCGUAGAGUGCUCUCUGAGAUGGAACCAAGUCAGUGGAGUCGGAGAUCUCGACUCUGUAGGACAGCUCAUUCCGUUUGUUGUGGGUAUAGGAACUCUGUUGCAAAUUUUCAAAAACAUCUAUCUCCAGGCGAGAAGGAACUGGAAGAAACUGGGAAAAGGGACGAGAUCGUUUAAAACAGUGUUCUUCCAUUUCUUGGACCCGCACACGGGUGAUGGCGAGGAUGAUGGUAGUACGAUUGAGCUUGAUCCUGUGACGACGUCCGUGCAAACCUUAUCGCCUGCGAGUCGUAGCGUCACUAGCGUUACAUCCACCGCACGCAGUACGAGCAUGACUGCAGGCUUAAGCCCCGAGGGCCGGAGAAGCAGGUGCCCGUUCAAUCAAUCGAAAAUCAUCCAUCCAUAUCUACAUGUAUAUGUCUAA